GCGAAGGAAGGCAGUCGUCACGCCGUCUUGAACUCUUUUUUUGUCUUUUAUCUAUUAAAGAGUGCCCUUCUUUAAAAUCUGUGUUCUACGAAGAAAUUCCUAACACGACGAUGUCUGCCUUUUAACCUGUAAUUUCAUUUGCAACAUAAAUAGCUUGUUGCUCUAAUGUGACAUACUGACAUACGUACAACCUUACUUAUUUUCUCUCUGCCUUGGAAAUUGUCAUGCAAAUUUUAUUUACUCAUUUAUUUUAAAUGCAUGCCACCCGCUUGACCCAUCCCCAGUUGUGGGGUAUGCGCCUUGUUUUGGGAUGAUCAGCAUCACCAAGUAGGCAGCCGAAGGAGCAUUUAGGCUGGUGUCCUGUGCCCCGGUCACCUUACUACAGCGAUACGAUGGUUCACGAACGUGAAGAGGAGGAUUCCGUAGAAGACAAGUCCGUAAGCACGGAAAGGCCGGCGAGGGGUGAAAACGAUUCGCCCGAAGGUAUGUGCUUGACGCUGGCAUGCGACAACGUGUUCCCUCUGUGAUUCUAUUCAGUUCACGAACAAAAAUAAACACUAAUUGCAGAGGAGGGAGAUGUCACGUAAGUAUCUUCCCCAUUACGUCGACCGAAAUUUCGUAAUCACAUAUGUUUAUAGUGUAGCAGUCAGCUGUGUAGCUGUUCAAUCGAUUGCUGAAUUUAUUUGUAUCCAGGUACCACUUUGUUUCGUUAUGGCCUCAACACGCAAAGUGGCGGAGGGCGCUUAGAAAAUAUAUAUUUUGUCAUAAACUAAGAAAUAAACGCGUCAGCAUAAUUGAGAGCGUGAGAAGGUUUUGCCCUCUGUAUUACUAUCAUGCAGUAAUGUCAGUCGUCGCGCUGUCAUUUGGCAUAGUCUAUCCCGCUGCCGCUCUAACGUGUUUAUGUUAACACUUCAUUAUUGAGUUAAUUGCAGCUAAAAUUGAGAUGAGUGAUUAUCCCAGGAUUUCCGAGGUCCGCAAAAAUUGUUUAAUGUCUGGCCAUAUGAAUAACCUCUUUAUCUCUGCUGAAAAUUCCUUCACAAUAUAACUGGUGGACUAGGAUGUAUAUAAGUAUAGGGGAUCUUUAUACGUUCUACCUGGGGCUGCUUUUGCACCACAUUCGUGCAUAUCUGUCGUGUUUUAGGUAUGCUAGGCAGCGUAAGCGGAGCGUAGUGCAAUGCAGGGCAGGGAGGCAAAUCGGGCUGGCGGCAGGUGUCAUCUUGGCGUAAACGUAAAUUUGCGUGGUCUAGGUACGCCCCAUUCACUCCAUGCCAUAACGAUCACGCCUGCACUAAUCAUAUAGCCUAGCUCUACCAUUUGCGUGUUGACAAAACCAUCGGCCGCUUUUAAGUGCCCAAGUGUUCAUAUGCACUAACGCGCUCUUUGACGGCCACCACAGGAUGGGCCUUGGCGCGAUGGCGUGCACCGUGUGCAGUAUCGCCAUCUUGUUCGUGUUCCUCGCCGUCCUGGUGGGCCUGCUGCUGAUGCCAGGAGCCUCCAAACCUGAGCACUUGAAGUCGGGAAACAGUAGCAACAAGGAUGCCGUUGGUUCUGAUGUGGCCGGCUUCAGCACGCCUGCCAACUCGUCUGCUUCGACUGCGACGCCAGCGAGCGGCCUACCAGGCCACACGCGACAGCGACUGACCCGGGUUUCGAAAAGUUCUACUGCAGUGAAAAAGGGGAAGAGUACAACAGUGAGCAAGGGACCGAAAAAAGCUACUGCAGAUAAGGAUGGAAAUACCACGGCAGUGGCGAGCGCCAAGGUUACUACAACGCCGAGAACGGAGACACCUUCGCCGAAUAAACGAGGUGGGACGACGACAACGGCGAAGCCCAUUCCGGUCAACACCCUGAUCUGCAUCCUGAACGCCGACAUGAACCAGAAGGAGGUAUCGCAGCUGCCCGAGGACGGCCUGUGCGAUCUUGCAUUCUACCAGGCGGACGAGAAAGAGCACGCCAUUGUGAACGGUUCCGGCGGUCCAUUCAAAGAAACCCUCGAGCUCGUCGUACAAGCGGCCGCCAAUCACACCAAGACCGAAUACGGUGUCAGCUUCGACUAUAGUUCGAUGAAAGUUACGCGAGAAUUGCUGUCGACCGACGUCGCCAGGACGACAUUGGAGGAGUUGUGGAACAAGAAGAUCUACCACUACGCCUUUCUCACGUUGCCGUUCUUCCAUGUAACGAAGCAAUCGUACAGAAAGGUGUUUUACUAUCUGAAGGAUGUGAGCAAGAUUCUUCACAAGGGACUGCCGCCACCGCGACCGUGUUUCUUCCUUAUCGGCGAAACCUUCGUCUCCGAAGUUUGGUUGAACUACGCGUUUAAUAACAUCAGGGAAAGGAUGCACGUUCAUGGCACGGUCGUGUACGGGCACAUGACGUUCGAUGACCGCGGCCAAGGUCAAGUCGUACCACCAAGCUUCUGGAACUCGACGCUUCUAGUAAACAAGCAAACAUACCAAUAUAAUUUGGACUCGGCGCACUGGGCUCUCAAAAUGCUUCCGCUACAAAAGCUCGGCUACACUCGGUUCUUCCUCUCGGUGACAACCGGCGCCCGCUACUACGCACCCGUCAAGGACGCCAAGUACGAAAUCCUGGCCGACACCGACUACAAUGACGAGCCAGUUUACAUCGACAUUGGACAGGUCUGCAAGCACAAAGACUGGUCGGCAGGCUUUCGCGAGGAGAGCCCCACUGGCGCCUAUUACGCCAACACGAAGAUCCACAGGAUGGUCACUUACGACAACGAGAAGUCGUUUCGGGCGAAGUUAUGCAAGGGCAAGAGGCUCAUAACCGAGGCGAAGUACGGCUUCGCCAUCUACGACGCCAACUUGGACGAUCCGGGAAACGUGUGCGGAGACGGCGCCUACUCCCGCGUGCGCUACCUUAAGAAGUUGAUGCACUUUUUCAUCGAGAAGUUUAACAGUGCCAACGAUUACGAUGAGUGCAUGUGGCAGUAAAGUCAGAGUAAAUGAUUGUUGAAUAA